AUGGAAAAGUAUCACUCCGUCCAUGAGAAAGACAUUUCCAGCUUCGAUCUACCGUCAACGCAUCGACUGCCCACAGUGUCCGCUGCGGAGGCACUGGAGGAUUUGGACGACGAUGUCGCCAGACACAUCUCUACGGGCAUCGACCGCUUAGACGAGGCGCUCGCCUUCUCUGGCCCCCGUCAGGAGUCUGGAACAGCUCGUAAAGGUCUUCAGAGAGGGCAAGUCUCGGAGAUAUGGGGACCGCCUGGCUCGGGCAAAACGGCCUUGGGCAUUCAGCUUGUCGCCAAUGCAUCACAGGAGGGGCGCGGUGCCGUCUGGGUAGGUCGGUUCAUCUCAUCCUGCGACGCGUUGGAAGAGAAGAAGGCGAGGCUGAUGUGCUUAUCAAAGACUGCUCUUACUCUGUUUGCGGCCGGCGACUCAAUGCUGUGGUUGAGGCAAUUAGCUCGGCCCUCUGCGGACGAGGGACCGACCAAGGCACUCGGCGAUGACUUCGCCCACUACAGUUGCCCAAGCCUGCCUCACCUUGUCGCCUUGCUAUGCCGUCCCACCGCGGCAACGGUGCCAGCGAACACGGCUCUGGUCGUCAUAGACUCGUUAUCGGCCAUAGUGAACCACGCUUUCCCCAAGGCGCCCGAUGGCCGGAAAGGACCGCCGCAAGGCAAAGGUCCAGGGUUUUCAGCGAAACGGCUACAGGCUCUACAGUACAUUGCCAACGCAUUGCAGAAGCUAGCGGCAACGCGAGACUGCGCAGUGGUGGUCUUGUCGCAAUGCGCAACAAAGAUGCAACUGGAGCGGAGCCCGACUUUGAUCCCAUCCAUUAAUGCUGGAAUCUGGGAGCAAGGGAUGUCCACACGGGUGGUGCUGUUCAGAGACUGGGUCUGGAAGGAUGGACACCCAUCGACGGUAUGCUUCGCCGGGGUGCAGAAGCUAGACGGCAAGGCUGGGCCGGACAUGGUGCAGAAUGCAGCAGCAUUCAGAGUUGAAGCGACGGGCGUGAUUGGCGUGCGUUACGACACUAGCCAGCCAUCGGUGCUGCUGUCGAAGACCCCCCGGGCGAAACGCAAGGUGGCAGAGGCCGGUCUCGAAGUGCCCGACAGCGACGAGGACGACGAGGACGACGAGGAAUACGGGUGGGUUCAGGACGACGACGCGGCACUUCCCGGCCCGCCACCGCAAUGGCAAGGUAGCGAAGACCUGCUCCUGGGGACGCAGGCGGCCGAGAGCGAAGAGGACGGCGACGGCGGCGACGAUGACGACGAGGAAGAAGUGGAGGAGGCAGCGGUUAGCGGCCGAGAUAAAGACGAAUUGGCCGAGUAG